GUCUUUGCACAUUUCAGGACUUUAAAAGUCUUUGAGAAUAAAGCUUUUUUUACGGUGGUUUUCCAACAGGGUUUUGCAGUUUCAGUACAGAAACCAGGUUUAGUCUUCUUUAAUCAAAAGAGAGACAGCCGAGUGCCAUAUUUAAGGACUGGUGAAAUUAUUCUAACCGACUAAAAUGAUGAAUGCUUUCAUGGCCUGCCUUGCUUGUCUGUGGCUAAUGGUGCACACCGCAUCAUCCACUGUGUCGUGGUGUUAUAACAAGCCAUCCUGCAGUGAGGUCACUUGGGCAAAAAUUGCAAGUAAAGACUGUAAUGGCAGUCAACAGUCUCCAAUAAACAUCAUAUCUGCCAAUGUCCAAGCUAAUGCUAAUCUGACCCCUUUCAACUUCACUGGCUAUGGUGACAAAGCCACCUUGACUGAGAUUAAAAACACUGGCAAGACAAUUAAAGUUACACUUGAUCACAAGAGAAUGCGUGUGGAAGGAGGUGAUCUGCCAGGCUUGUUUUCCAGCAAGCAUUUUCAGCUCCACUGGGGUAACAGCAGCGCCAUGCCUGGAUCUGAACACUCUGUGGAUGGGAAACGAUACCCUAUGGAGAUGCACAUCAUAAAUAAGGCGGAGCAUAAUGGCAGCAUGUCUGGUGAUCCUGAAAUGGCAAUUCUUGGUGUCUUUAUUGAGGCCACUAAUGACAUUGGGAAACCGACGAGCUGGAAGUACUUAACAUCUUACCUUAAGAAAAUUGCCAAUGCAGGUGAUGUAGCAAACAUUUCCUACACUAUUUCCAUGAAUGAUCUGCUUCCUGGAGUGGACAGGACGAAAUAUUACCGUUAUAUGGGCUCUUUGACUACACCAAACUGCACUGAACGUGUUGUGUGGACCAUCUUUAAAGAUCCCGUCAAAGUCAGCCGAGAUUUGAUUGACCUCUUCACUAAGACCGUCUACGUCAGCAAGACCACCAAUUCUUCUCUCAUGACCAACACUUUCCGGAGUGUUCAGCCCAUCAAUGGCAGGAUUGUGACGUCACAGGUAGCGGGUGGCAAAACGUCUGGCCUACUCAAACCAACUACAUCAACAACCACUAAACCAACUACACCAACAUCAACCACUAAACUAACAUCAACUGGAAAAACGACUAAAUCAACGGCGACAAACCCAUCCCAGGCUCUCGUGUGUCCACUUCUGAGUCUCGCACUCCUGUACUGCAUCCUACCUUUGUUGUAAAACCGCUCGACGAAAUGAAGGUACUUUUGAACUGAUGGUAUAAUAUUCCUUAUGUUAAAAAAAAAAAAAAAAAAUUCUAUUAUCCAUGUAAAAUGUGUCUGGUUUAAUGUGUAGUUAUUGUCAAGGUUUACUAUUGCUGUGGAAUGAUGUGUUUUUCAGCUAAAUGCUAGUUUCCUCACUCUCAGCUUGUUUCCUGCAACGGUUUCAUACGGAAGUGUGUACGUCUCCCAAGUUUUUCACUGAAGGUCUUGAGCGUUUGGUUGUGGUGUUUUAUAGAAGUGUUUUGAUUUGGUGCACAGUUUUGAAAAACAUUUAAGCAUGUGUUUUGGACUUUUAAAUUCACUUAUUUUAAUAUUUGACUAGUGUCAGCUUUGCAGUUGGAAAUGGAAAGCAAGCAGUGAAUGUAGGCAACAGGCUGAGGGUGAUGGACAUUGCAUUGAUUUAAACGUGGCUUUAGGAGAAACUUGUUAAUACUUAUCUCCCCUGGAAGGUAAAACUGUAUCUGGUUCUUUUGGCAUUUCACUCAUGGCUGUUUUGUAGGUUUUCACAUGUUUGGAUUUUGUUUGUAGUACACUAGCCUGAUCUCAUGAAAUGCAUCUCUAUAGCACGCAUUGUAUUUAUUGUGCAGUUUAUACAAUGCGUGUUUUAGAGGAGUUUUUCAUGGGAUCCGGUUUGUACACUUUUUUUUUUUUUUCUUCCAAUCCCUACUACAAAAGUGUCAUUGUGUAGUGUGAAUGUUUGUCAAAAUGCUUUAGUGCAGAAUGUUCAGUCAUUUGUUUUUUUUUACUACUUGCUUUUUUUUUUGAAAAAAAAAAGUAUUAUUACUGUUGUCUUGAGGGAAAAAUAAAGUUAUUAAUUGUAUUAAA